AUGGACGAGCAGACGUUGAUCCUCACGUUCAAGAGGGCUAUGCCAAACGAGCGGGAAACGGCGUAUAAGAGUAGGGGAGUUCAUCUCAACUCAAUGCCGAAGACCGUCCAGCAUUUUGAGCGGCUGGAGCAAUCGGAGAGACGCCAAGGCCUCGAGUGGCAUGGUAAGAAUUGGAAGAAGUCGAGUGGUAAGAACGGCGGCGACAAGAACAACGAAGGAGGGGAAAGUUGUCCAAGAAGGGAGUCAACCAGUCGCAGCAGAAGACCCAGAAGCGUCCCGGUCUUUGGCACUAAAACACUCAUUGAAAACACCAAUGAAAUCAGAUAA